CCUGUACUUUCGUUUCAAAAUCGAAACUAACGUUUUCAUAUUUGAAGGAUCAAAAGGUUCACAAAUGUCUGAGUCCUGGCAACACGCUGAAUCGUUCGCUGUCACGAACACGUAUAUGCUAGAUGCUGAAGUGCUCUGUGACGUCACAAUCCUGGCUGGGAAGGACGAACAGGAAGUGAAGUGUCACAGGUUCAUGUUAGCCAGUCGCUCCCCGGUAUUCUACACGAUGUUCUGUGGUUCACUUCCGGAAACCGGUGUCGUCCAGGUGCCGGAUGUGGAAGCAAGCGUCUUUAGGCAGGUCGUCAGGUUUGUAUACAGUGGAGAAAUACAGGUAAUGCCCGAAUCUGCAAUGGCCUUGUUGUACGUUGCUAAGAAAUACGACAUCCAAGCAUUGACAGACCGCUGCAGGACAUUUCUUGAAAAGAUCAUUGCAGUUGACAAUGUUUGUAUCAUUCUUGAACAAGCUGUGAUGUUCGACGAAAAAGUCUUGAUUCAGCAGUGUCUAACCUUUGUAACAGAUAACAGUGACCAAGUCUUUCGGUCGAACGAAAUCAUGAGUAUUUCUCCAGAAGCUCUUAGAUUGAUACUUCAGGGGGAAAAGGAAAAACAAAAACUACAACCAGAAAAAGUGUAUGCAACGUGUACGGAAUGGGCGAAGCAAUCUUUCACAAAGGCAGGUAAAGAGAAUUUUACUGGUGGGGACCUUAGACAACAACUUGGAGACAUGAUACUUCUUGUCGAUUUUGCUCGAAUGACUUUUGACUCAUAUAUGGACCACGUCGAUGAGGACGAUAUCUUGUCCAAUGUGGAAAAAAUCGAAUGCAUUAGAGGAAUAAGAAAACGAAGAAAAGAGCGGCCUUCUUUCAUAGCAAGAUUCGGAGACAUUAAAUCACCGUGGAGCCAUGGCAAUUUAGCAGAUGGUAUCAGUUUCAGAACGCCAAAUGACGUGAUUUUAUGUAGCGUAGCUCUGUAUCGUCCUUGUAAACCUGGUAACUUAUCAGGCACUCUGGAAAUCCUGGAAGAUCGAGAAAUAGUGUUGACGCAGAAUGUCACUAUUAUGUUUAAGGACAACGAAACGUAUGAAAACAUCAAUCUUGUAAAGGAGAUUACCAUUCGCCAAGGAGUAACCUACUCUGUGCGUCAAACACUCAAAGGGCAAUUGUCCUACUACGGUGUUGAUCAUAAAGAAACAGUGAAAAUUAACGGAAUACUGGUUACAUUCAUGGACCUGAAAGCUGACAAAUUAGUUUAUUCCUCAUCCUUACAAGCACUUCAAAUACAUGGUAUUACGCUCAAAUUAUGAACAUGGAUAUAUGAUUUUAAAAACUAACAUUGCUCUGACAAAAAUGUACAAAGCAUAUUCGAGCAAAUUAUAUCCUUUAUACAUGCAUAAUGAAUAUAUCUAUUUAUAUUGACCCUAUUUCUGUGUUCUGGAGAUAAAACAAAAAUGAGGGACUAAAUGGAAAGGUCAAUGCUAGAGAGUUCUAAGUUCUUCUGUUUCUAACGUCCUUUAUAAUAAUGUUGCUGUCACUCUGCAUAACAGUUAUGUUGAAGAUAGUUAUAAAAUGAAUAUACAGAAUAGAACAGAAUUUAUUACAUGUAAAAUAUACAGUUUGUUUGUGUUUCAUAUACUUGAAUGCAGCGAACAUGGUGUUUAGGUAGUAUGGGGUUAUAGGAAAUACUAAUCAAACAGAGAAAAUAAGAUUUUUGUGUAUUUCAUUUUUCUGUUGAACAGUAUAGAAAAUACAGAUAAGUUUCAGGUGCGAAGAGAUAAUUGGUGAAAAUUUGUUAGUGAGAAAAUUAGCGGUUGGGAAAGUAGGAACAAACCGAUUAAUUAAACAGGACUGGAUUAACUGGUCGUAUUACUGGGUGACGUUUUUUUGGGUUUACGACCAUUGAAUUAUUGGGGUAAAAAAUCGGGUCUGAAAAAAUCGGUCUCAUUAGCGGGUUGGUCGUGAAAACGGGGUGGUCGCAUAUAGGGAUUUUACCGUAUGAACCGAACAUGAUGCUUAGGUUUGCCUGUUUAGUAUGUGUGCUUCUUUGUAUUUUCAUAACUUUAGACGAUAGAAAACAGUGAUUAAUGAUAAGUGUUUGUGUUGCCAAUUUAGUAUUUGCGCUUCAUAUUAUUUCAAUAAUUAUUAACGAUAGAAAAAUGGGGUUAAUGCUGAAUGUUUUGUGUUUUACAUUUAGUAUUUGUGCCUCAUAUAUUUUCAGGCGAUAGAAAUCGUUGUUAAUGAUGAUGUAUAUGUUUCAAGAAUUAUUCAAUUCAGUACGA